GUAUGGUGUGGCACCAAUCCCGCCACCAGCAAUGCCGCCGCCGCCAGAUCCGGCGGCGGCGGCUGGCGGUGCCGGGGGGUCAGAAGAAGAAGGCGAGGAAGAGGAGGAGGAGCAGGAGCAGGAGCAGGAAGAUGAAGAAGGUGAAGAAGAAGAGGUCAAAGAGACUGACCCAGUGUUGGAAAUGGAGGAGGAACAAGGUGGCUCAAGUGCUGGAGACGAGGCUUAUGCUGAUGCCUCUGGUGGCCGCACCAGUGGCCUUCCUGUCAGGGCAGCGCUGGAAGCCCAAGCUGCAUCUUGUGCUCCUCCCUACCGACAUGGAGAUUUGGGAAGCCGUCCCCUGGCCGGAGCACCGGUGGGCCAUCCCCAACAACAGCAUCGUAUGCACGCAGUUGGGCAUGGGGAUUACGGCACUUGGUGGGGGCAUGUGAUCAAGUUCUUGGAGGCCAUGGAGCCUCACCUGCACGACCAACCCUACGCGGAGGCCCGGGGAUUCCAGGAGCAGCUGCGAAAGGAGCACGUGCUCCAGGCCGAGGACGAAGAUGCCCAUGUGCGUGCUUGGAGCGGGUACUUGGCCUUGGCGUUCCUUUGCCAUGCGGCCUACGACUGCCCGAAAAAAAUUCCAGCCGCCAGGACGACCUGGAAUUCCACGUGGCGCCUGGCAACAUCCGGCCUCCCUUCCUUCAAUCGGCGCCCGCGGGAGGAGAAGCGCUUGGGAGAAAGGUUGGGCAGCGGACCCUUCGGCCGGGUCUGGCAGCCCUCAAAGCGCAUCGUUUUAGGCCGCGAUGCAGGGGCUUGGGCGCAGAAGGUCAUAAAAAUGACCGCGCGCCAAGCUUUCCGUCGAGACAAAGAUCUCCAGUGGCGGCGAUCGGCGGAAACCAGCCCGCUGCUAGAAAUUGUGCUUUUUCUGCGCCACAAGACGCAGAAAGAGCGAAAGAUGACAUUGGCCAAGCGACUUCUUGCACUGAAGCAGAAGGUCCGCAGCAUCAAGCUUGGCCGCAUGAUUAAUUCAUGGAAGCACUUCGUCGACAGCGGCCUUUUCUAA